GCGUCGAGAGCAAACAUACAAAAUCAAAAUGUUGUCGUCUUCGUUUUGUUAGUGUUAGAAGCGCGACAGUAUCGUUCGUUGAAAGGAAUGAACUGAAGCUCACUUAUAGUAGAAGCGAACGCAAAUCUUCCUUUCGGUAUAAUUGUACCGGAAAGAAGGAUCAUUUCACUUCUCGCCAAAAAAAUGUUCAGCUUCGAUGACGCGGCGCAGUACGACGGGGAGGUCAAUCAACUGCGGUGAAGAAGAUAAACAACUUGUGCCAUUCCAACUUUCUUGACGAUGAUUUUGUGACCAACAAAAGAACUUCGACCUCAACUUCUUCUCCUAUCCCCCCUUGAAGACCGAGACCAUGUGGAACCUCCAUCGCCAAAAAGAGCGCUGCUGAAAAAUUGAGCUUUCCUUUGUUUCCGCAAUCAGACCGAUUUCUGAUAAUUUGCUGUCUCUGUCAGCCUGCGGUUUAUUCUACCUUGUCCUGACUCGUCGGUCCACCUCUCCUCCAGUAUUUGGUCUUCACACAAGAACCGCUUGCAUCUCCACACCCGCCUCCUGAAUACUUCUACAAGGAAAGAACCACCACGAGCACUACUGCACCUGCCGCCCUUCGUCGGAUCAUCAAGAUGCGGUUUCCUACCAAAGCGAGCGCGAAAAACAAAAGCAAACCCUCAGCUGCUGUUCCUGCUCCGGCGGCGUGUGCCGUGGCAGGAGCGGGUGGCGCAGCAGCUGGUGUGCCUCCAGUUGUAGUUGUAUCGGGAACUUGUACAACAAACGGUGGCAAAGGAGCUGGAGGAGGCACUGGACAGCUGCAGAGCAAAAAUCAGCUGAGUGCUGCUUUCAACAGUAGCGCGUCGCCGGCGACCUGUGGUGGAGGUGUAGCAGGAAUGGGAACGACUAGCAAAUCAAAUACGGCUCCACCUACGACUAAAGGAUCAGCAGGUCUACUGAGUAAUAAAGCUGCCACAACUACUGCAUCCUCAAAUGUUAAAAGCAACAACCAGGCGACUGGAGAUGAUUCGUGUCAAAAUCUGUCCACUUCUCUCUGCAAAAACGACGACGACAUCGAGCUCCACGACCAAACCACGGGGUCCAACACCUCCAGAUCCGCCUCGGAAACCUCGUCCGACGCUGAUCUUUUGGACUUAGAGUCUAUGGACGCAGAGAUCAAGAAGAUGCUGCAGCAACAAAACGGCAAAAAGGAGAAGCGACAUCAUCAUCAACAUCUUCAGACUUCUCAUAAAGGCGGAGUCGGGACGACGAACAAGCAGAAGACCACAGUGAAUUCCCGCUCCUGCCUAUCCAAGAAAAAAACGUUGUUAGUGUGAAUCUGUGAUGCGCAACAUGCAAGAUGAUUGCGUCUGUCUUGCUUGGCAUGCAUUGUAGGUUCUAUCAUAGGGCGUUUUCACGUACUAUCUGAGCAUGAUACGUUUUUGCUGUCAUGCGAGAGAUAUUUGUCAUGCUAAUCCUCCAAGAAAGUUACACCUACAACCUUUUUUUUUUUUGGAUACUGCCCGCCGAGGCGAUUGAACCGACGGAGCCGAACUAGCAGCGUCGGUUCGUCGAUCGUUGCGGAUAAUGAGUUGAACGACUGCACCAUAUGACUUGCUCAAGCGUUACAAUCUCAAACGUUACAAUAGAAUCUGGAAUUUGUGUUGCAUGAUGAGCAUGACAGACUCGCACAGCGUUCCACCUUUUGCAAUACAAAUUUCGCCAGAUUGUAGUGGGGUUUGGGGCUCCGGAACUUGUCAUGCGCAAUCGUAUGAAAGUUGGCUAGAUCAUGCAGUCUUGCAUCACAGAUCUCCAUAUUCUACUGUAACGCUUGAGAUUGUAACACCUGAGCGGGUUAUACACCAGCGGAGGACAUUCGAUCCCCGCACUGAAGCGAAAUAAUUACGUCGACGCGGAGCAAAUUGAUGUUGAAAAACAAGUUGAUUCUUGCAACACCAGUGAUGAAGAGUCCUGCAUCGACGCGGCAGCGGGCGGAAAUGCGUGCGGGCGCCAGGUAGUUGUACUAACGAAGCGAUACUUUUAUGUCCAUGUCCUUGCUCUUUGUCAUGGAGAAAAAUGGUGAGAAGGAGCACCUUGACGCAUAUGAAGGAUAGAAUCCGAUCGGAACUUAGAAAAGCCAGGCUGAAAAAAUCGAUAUACUCGAACCUCCCCCAAAAAUCAAAAAAAAAAAUGAAUUGCAGCGUUCCCGCAGUAAGUCUUUAACCGAAACCAUGGAAGACUUGGACGAGAUCGUGCGGGAGCACCAGACUCGCAUGAACCUGCUGCUCAAAAAUUCCGCCUGCACCAACCACGGCACUUCAAACUGCGACGUGGAAAAGCCUGGCAGCACCCACUGCGCCACCUCCACUUCGGAAAACGAUCGAACCCGGAGUACCAGUCCGGCGGGCGGCUGCAACGGAGUGGAUUCCCCCGCGGCUGGUAUGAUGAAUGAGACUGGAGCUGUUGUUCCCGCAGGUGGGGCGGCCGUCGUGGUGCCAGGUGCGAAAAAUAAUCAGGUCGCUAGUGUAGUCGCUGCGCUGGUGGAUCAUGAUGAGAACGAUAGUACAACAACCAAGGUGACAUCAAAUCACGACCGGACGAUGGACCUCCACGUCGAUGUGAAUGAACUGGUGGAAAAGAUCGGGAAAGAAGUGGGGUUUCAGAUGGACAUGGGGAAGAAGAAUGUGAAUGAGCUCGAAGAUGAGGACAUCAAAGACCUCCACACAGCUGCUCCUGUCGAGCCGGUUACAAAAAGCACCAGUCCACGAGGUACAACAAGCAAUCAAGGCGUUGCAAAGAUCAGCAGCACAACCAGUGUCGUCGGGUCUGGAGAGGAGAUUGCUUACAACCACAACAACGGCGGUGCGCAGCUCCUACGCGAAAUGGACGAAGAAGACGACACGGUAUGCACCGCAAAACAAGCAUCGUAGUCGUACUUGUACUCGUAUAAAGAUAAAAAUGCAGUACUGCAUGACAAAUUUGCUUCUUUAUUACCGGAUUCUUCAGCAUAGAAUACAUAGAAUUAGAAAUCCACUUUGUCAAAAAUUCGACCCUGUGCAGAAAUUAAUUUACGCCACUGACUUGCACUACUACUGGUACUGGUUCUAGUACGAGUUCUUGCACAAUAUAAUACUUCAGCAACCAAAUUAUCCUUAUCGUAGUACGUGGUCAAGUACGAAUACGAUACAGAACUUUUGCAAAAAAUGCAUACACGUCGGUUUCUUCAGUCGACUCGGAAGAUCUGGACAAGCAAAUCGAAAAGAUCAUCUCCAUACCGCGGGCCACGGAGACGCCGCGCCAUGACGAAGCUGGUGGAAGUUGUAAAGAUGAUCAUGGUGCCGACGAAACCUCCUCUAAUUAUGCGGUCCAGGGCGACGAGACCUCCACGAGCAUCAACCCCAGCAGCCGAUAUCUCAUACAGCAGGGCGGUAGCGACGAAGCUAAGAUUGCGCAAAACUCCGGCGGGUAUUUGUUUCCGAGAAAAGACCACGAACAAGAUAAUUCUUGCAACAAUGCAUUCGUCGUGCCAACGAGCGACGACCUCGCGAGGCAAGCGCAAGUUGUGAAGAAGCAAGAAACUACGACUAGCGCGCGAGAAGCAGCAGGUCGAUCAUCCUCCAUUUUUGACGAAGCCGAGACGUCAAAAACUGUCUCGGACAAUCUGAAAGACCUCGACAACUUAGAAGCGGCGGCCCACGAAUUGUCCACUUCGAAGUUAAAAGUAGUGGGCAACAUCGACGACGAAGUGGUGGAUCAUGUUGAGGAGCAACAGAAGGACACGGAAAAUCAACAUCAACUACGUAGUACCUCCGCAGGACAAGCUCCUUCCAGUUCUUGCAACAUGGUCGCGCCAACCCCUUCGACGUUGUGCGAAGACGAGAGUGGGGCGGAGAAGAACAGUAGUUGCAGUGUCGGCGUCGAAGAUGCUGCGGUCCUCGAAGAGGACUCCUCUGCGACAGAAGUGGACGAACAGCAAAUCUCCAGCACUCAUCCGAUGAACCGUCAAGAUUCGCUGAACGCCUUCACCUGCUUCCAGCCCUCCAACACAGCGGACUCGCCCGGGAACUCUUCGACGCACGAGCAGAAUUUUUUUCUCUCGCCGAAAACUACUGCGUCAGGAGGAACUUCUGGUGCAACGACGUCGCACAUCAACAACGUGCUCUGCUUUGACAUCAAGCACCCCACUUCGGCCAAAAACAACUGGCCGAAGUUUGACGCGAGUGGGCAGAUUAUCACUGGAGGUGCGAAUGGAUUUACUAGUAGUUGUACUUCUACAGGGUCGACCCUUCAACAGCAAGGAGCUGGUGGUGCGAACGGCGUCCCCAGUUCCCGGCCCACGACCGGAUCGAGUCAAACAUCCUCCCCCAUGGCCAGUUUGGAAGAUCGCGUGCAACGGGAGGUGGCGGAGUUGCGAUACGGCUACAACGGGCGCACGCAGAUAUUCGAGGACGAACCGGAUUUGCUGUCUAUGACCAUGGGAAACUACAAUCUCGGGCCCAGCUGCACCAGUGCCACCGGUCCGAUCGUGAAAAAAGUGCGCGCGUGCCCCCUGACCUCGGCGGUCGGGGGAGGCGGAGCGGCCGCCGGGGCGAGUGGCGUGCAACACGUGCAGAUCACGGGGAGCAGGUAGUACAACUUUGUAGUUGUAGAUGAGUGUAGUCGCGUCUCGUCCCGCUGCAACUUCCCUCGCACAAAGAAUAGUUGUAAGUUAGUACUGACUUCUCAACUGUUAUGAUUAGCUUCUAGAUAUCAGUUUCAGCGCUCUCUACCUGAUUCUUCCCUUCAACCCCAAAUCAGCAUCCACGGAGAUCACGGGAGUCGGUCCCGCGCUUCCUCUUCUGUGUACGAAUCUGGGCGAGGCAGCACGAUCUCGUAUGAAUUGCAAAUAUGUCUGGGUCUGGAAGAGUGCAGACAUUUGUCAUGCAGUUUUUGCCUGACCCAGACCGUCUGGCAUGCAAAUCCUAGCAUCACAGAUUUCGGGCAGGUAUCUCUGCCAAAUCCGCAUGACAAAUCUCCUCUUUCUGUAUCAAGAAGUGUCGCUUUUUGCUGACCGUGCAUGACAGAUUUUCUCAUGAUGUAGAAUCAAUUCGCAUCACAAGUUCGAAUGCUUCCAGACCCAGACAUAUUUGCAAUGCAUAUCUCGAUGGGCUCCACAACGGCGUCCGGGGGCGGAAGUUCCUUGUUCCUGGAGCCCCUGGAUCUGAUGAACGGCGCACUGAGUAGCAUGAAAAAACAGCCGCUUUCCGCCUCCAGUGUCAAGUUGAAAAGUGCCAGAAAAAUGAUCGACAACAGCCACCGGGGACCGGUAGUGAAUUGCGAUGAUACAUAGAUGCGUUUGAUUUUGAAGAUAGAAAUUUGAGCGCCGUAGCUGCAUUGAGGUACAGAAAAACACCCGAAGACAGAGAUAGUACAAACUGUAGUAAAAAGUCGCUCACAUCACAUAUAUCACCUGAAGGUACGCGCCGACCCCACGCUAGCGGCCACGGCGACGGAACGUCGCCGCACCGCCCGCAGGUUUAACACAGCGCGCUCGAAGAGUACGACCGGAGCAACAGGGAGCUUUCGGGCUACCGGAGCUGUAAAGGCAACUUACGGCACCGUGUUGCAGCCUUCGAAUCCGCCUGUAUGGUUGCUAUUUGUGGCGUUAUCUCCAUGAUAUGAUUUCAUUGAAAUUCAUACUGUAUGACAAUGAUGUGUGCGCCUGCGGUCUUCGUAGUUCUCCUUCUCGGUCAUUAAAGAGCGCAUGUUGUACCGAAAACCUGAGAUGAAGAUGCCCAGGAGUAAAACUACACUCAAAUAAAAUUUUCUCCUGCUCCCAAGCAUUAUAUACCAAAUCGAACAGACCAGCACCGGCAGUGCUGACCACAGCAAGUCCUCCAUUCCGAAAUUCCAGCCCCCGGAGCGCAAAACGAGGCCGGAUUGGAACAGUACGGUGACCGAUAUGGAUCGCUACAAGCUGGAUCCCCGGAUCGCGCAGAAGCGAAAAGCGACCCGGAUCUCAAACAAUCUGUCCCUCGCGUCCGCUGAUUUUCAGGAGAAAAUUUCGAGCAUGAAGCGGGACAUCCGCCCGUUCUUGCCCGAAAAAUCCUCGGACGAACCGGAACAACCCAGCGCCGUCUUUCGCUCCAAGGUGCGAACGGGCAGAAUGCCGAGCUACAAUUCGAGCACCAACAGCAAUAGCACCAUGAACAGUCCGAGCACGACAACCAGCGGCUCCAUGGUUCAACAGCAGACGAACAACGGCACCGGAGGUGGUGGACCCCCAGGCACGAGCUCUUCGAAAGAAUCGCUCUUCAACAGCAGCAUUCAGCAGCAGCCGCGGUCCGCGCGCGGUGGAGGAGCUUCGUCGGGAGUGGCGUCUAGUACAACUUCCGCAUCUUCGGUGGUGACCUCGUCGAUUGAUCAGGUGCGAGUGGAUAAUAUUCGUUUUGAUGAUGUACAUGCAUAGAAUCAAUUUUCUUUUACUUUUGAUGUGCUGUUGUGUGUGCGAGAAAAGUGAUGCAACAUCUGAGUCAAAAAUCAUUUUUGAUGAAAUAAUUCGAGGUUGUCGGAGGCACAAAGCCAAGCCCCAGCCGCGCUGCCAUGGAAAUGACGGCGACCACUCGCGGUGCAAUCCGCUAUGGAAGUGUCAGGAUUGAAAUCCUCAAAGUUGAAAUGGUUUGUGAUGCAAAAAAUGCAACCCACAAAGUGCCUGCCUUGCAGAGUAGGCAAGGGAGGAAGAUUGUAAGCCUGUUGAGGGGUAGAAAUAGAACUGCUAAAGUAGCAUGACAAAAGGCGUCUUUUUUACCCAAACAGCAUGACAAACUGGAGCUCGGCUCUAGCCAAAUUUGUCAUGCGCCACUUAAAAACUAGACGGCAACUGGUAUCCGUUUUAUGCAUGAUCACAAACUAUUUCAACUCGGACGAUUUCGAUCCUGACACUCCCAUAUCCGCCCGUCGCACCGGAUCCGCUGUGUCCGCGCAACGUCGUCCUCGUCCAGUGCAGCUUCUACUGCUGUCGCAAGCGGGGGUCCUGGCGUGACCAAACCGACAGGAGCGGCGACGGCCUCAUCCAGUUGCAGUUCCGCUGUUUGUUCUUCGACUGCGAGUAGUUCUAGUAGCACCGCAGCUGCGACGACAAGCAGCACAGCAGGGGCGGCGGUGGUAUCAUCGUCUUCAAGUAGCUCCUCUUCUAGCAGUGGUUCCAGCAGUAGUACCACGAACACUAGUUGUAAGCCAACUAUUGUAACAAGCACAGUUCCUACGCGCGGUGUGGAUCCCAGAGAAAAGUUUGUUUCCAGUGCUUCGGUGGGAAUCGUCCCGAACUGCAUGACGACCGGAGGGCCGCCGCUCCCGAAAAUGAACCCAGCUUCGUCCUCUUGUACCUCGAGUUCUUGCUCGACGUCGUCUUCUACCAGUUCUUUCUCAACAACAAACUCCGCACCGAAAGGAAACAAAACGGAAGUAGAUCUUCUCACGACGACAGCUACAGCCGCGCCGUUAACUACAGUAGUCGAGCUACCGGCUCGUCCUGCUCCGGCUGGUGGUGCUGUCGUGUGCAGCUCUGCUACGACUUCUGCGGAAAUAAACCAAUUAUCCAGCGGACAGCAGCAGCACGGGAGCGCCACGACCGCGAAUCCAAACGAGCAUGAUUCGCAGCUCUUCGAAAAUGGGGGUCCGGGGGUUUUGGACAGCAUGCUGGAUGACAAGCUGGACUCCUCUAUCGUGUUGGUAAAGUCACAAAUGGGCAACAUUCCGCUGUCCGACCUGAUUAACCAACAGCUCAUGUCACUGCAGUGAUGAAUAGCGGGUCCAGAAGAAGGACAUGAUGGAAGGAGUACUUUACUCAGGCGAUAGACAAGCGAAAACAAAUAUUAAGCUGGAAUAAAAAUCCAUACUACGAUUUAGUUUUUACUACACUACAGAGAUCAUGAUCAAUACGUGCUACCGUUGCUGAAGUACACCACACAGCUCUACCGAGGCUCCUACACUACGAGAUAGACUCUCGCUGCUUGCUGGAUUGUUUGCUUUUGAAAUAGCCGCAAGUUCUUCUCGCCACUGGUACAGCUGAUUCGAAGUUGAAGAUGCGCUGUUCGUGAAUAUUAAGUUGCAACGACCACCGUAUCAUCUACUAGCAAAAAAUAGAAAAAUAGAUAACUCCAAAUGGAGUUAGAGAGGUUUAUUGCAGAUUUCAGAUAUAGCAGUCGACAAAAUAACACAGGGCUGUAGGUCGAUGACGAUAAACAAGGAGGUCGAAUUGCGAAUGUGAGACGGAAUAUAGAUCAAAGUCAUCUAUUGGCCUUUUACCUACGGGAAAGAAAACGGAGAAACGUCUUCGGCAGAGGUGCUUAUCUUUUUAACAUCAUCAAAAAACUUGCUACUACGAAGUUACGCGACGAGUAAACAAUAGUUCGACUCUUCGAAAGCCUAUUUUAUUCCGCAACAGCAUCGGAACUACUAGAGCUGCUGCAUAGUUGUGAACUUAUUUGCUUUUACUGACAUAUUUGUUCUAGUAUUCAAGCACACUUCUCUUUCGAACUUUUAAUUGAGUUUACAAAACUUUUACAGAAAAGUCGGUUCUAAUCCGACAGGAAAUACCUUUUUUCGCUCUAUCAUGUUUGUUAAGAUAUUAUUACCCUUAGUACUUCUAGUUCCACUAAUACAGGGAGCCUUAUGCCUAUCUUGUCGCACCAAAAUAAUCACAGCUGUAGCGGGAAUAGUAUAAAAGUACCCGGCGCUGGGCAGCACGGCGCUUCGAAAAGAUAAAUAUGAAUAUCAGCUAGAGUAUCUUUAUUAGCCUAAAUUUUUAGUCACAACUUGAACUUUGUUAUACGAUUUUUCACGGGAUUAGCUCGAGUUUGAACUGUUUUACUAACUUCUAACGGCAAGAAGAAUCAAUUCUAUUACUUUUCAAUCAGACAGGUAUUUUUUCACCGAUAUUACUGACAGAAUCACUUUUACUCGUCUAUACACAAGAACAUGAGCUACGUUGUAAGUUGUUGCUGACUUCGAUCACAAUAUGAAGUGCGGGUAGUAUCAGUUUUCCAAAAAGUAUCUAUUUGAUACGCUCCUCGAAAAAAGCUAGCAGCACUAUGCUCGGUUGUAUUAUUCUGCUGCUAUGCACAUGCGGCACCGGCAGCUGCAUCCGCUUCUCAGCUGGUGUUGUGUAGCUGAAAAAUUGUGAAGAUGCUUGAGCUAACUCCUCUGCCAACAGUUUGAAUUUGAUUUGGAAAAUGACAAUCGAAAAAUGUUUACAAGUACAGUAAAGGCAAAGCCCUUUUUCUUUCUUGAUUAGUUGAAGUCUGAGUUUACCUUCUUUUUCUUUUUUCUCUGAUUUGAUUUUCACGCUCUUUUUACUUUUAGUUGUGCUCUUGACGGCCGGGCUGCUCUCUUCUCGUCCUUGCUUCGAUUGACGUCGGAGGCGAGAGGUUUACAAAAGUCCAUGACCAUCUUCACACGAGGAGGUGGUUGGUCUUGACUAUAUUGAUGGCUUUGAGUCGGGUCUUCGUCUGCAUCAUCGACCUGGCACCAAAAAUUGCAUUCGCAAUGAGACGGUAGUGCUCGCGCAUUGAUUUGCAUCGGGCUCCGAGAUGAAGGCAAUGGUGUCGAAGACCCAGCAGCUUAAACGUGCUCGCCACGACAUUUAGCGAACUUCUUUUUGAUACACCCUUUGCUAAUUAUACGCUUUGCUUUUAGCAUUUUUUAUUCUACAUAAAAACUGCGAACUUGUUUAGUACCGUGCUCCGGCACCAUGGAAGUUAUAUCAACCUUGCCCUACUUUCGAAAAAUCGAAAGCAAACAAAUCUUGGGAACAGUACGAAUUCUAAAUUUGAAUGAAUUUUGACAACUUGAAGAUGAUGGUAAAGGUCCAGCGCCACAGGAUUAGAUGGAUAGAUUGCAGGACAAUUUUGAGCUCCUGGGUGGACAUCAAGAAGGAUGGAAGUGGAAGGUAUGUGGAUGCUGGAAGAACAGUAAAGAGCUUUUCAUUUUCCGGUUGCAUCAAGCCUGAACAGCAAUGGAACGAGUCUGUCGCUUGAUUUGUCCCUGUUGAAUUCGAGGUGCAAUGGGUGUUGCUUCAUCGAUUCUCCACCUCGAUGAUGUGUUUAUCUGAAACUCAAUGGAGCAGCAGUCGGCAAACAUAU